CUGGCAUCCCAGUCCUAUCUGAAGUCUCUUGUAGCAACAGUGCUUCUUAAAUUACUACACUGUAUCUACUGACUGGGCAAAGGCAUAGGAAUGUGUUAGUGGUGUGUGUUCUGUGGGAACAAGAGAAUGAGAAAGAGAGCUGAAUUCUGCAAGUUACUGUAUUCCAUGGAGGAGAGGAAAGAAAAUCAGGAGAAAUGAGGCUCCUAGGAUCCUUCAGAAACACCCUGAGGAUGGAAUUCUGGGAGCGUUCGAAGAUGGUUUGGCUGCCUUGGAGAUCUGGAGAUCUGAUGCCACGAUGAGGACUCACACACGGGGUGCUCCCAGUGUGUUUUUCAUAUGUUUGCUUGGCCUUGUGUCAGCCUACGUUACUGACGAGAACCCAGAAGUCAUGAUUCCCUUCACGAAUGCCAACUAUGACAGCCACCCGAUGUUGUACUUCUCCAGGACAGAGGUGGCAGAGCUCCAGCUAAGGGCUGCCAGCUCCCACGAGCACAUCGCUGCUCGGCUCACGGAGGCUGUGCACACCAUGCUGUCUAACCCCCUGGAGUACCUCCCUCCCUGGGAUCACAAGGACUACAGUGCCCGCUGGAAUGAGAUCUAUGGAAACAACCUGGGUGCCUUGGCAAUGUUCUGUGUGCUGUAUCCUGAGAACAUUGAAGCCCGAGACAUGGCCAAAGACUACAUGGAAAGGAUGGCAGCGCAGCCUAGUUGGUUAGUAAAAGAUGCUCCUUGGGAUGAAGUCCCACUCGCCCACUCCCUGGUAGGUUUUGCCACUGCGUAUGACUUCUUAUACAACUACCUGAGCAAGACACAGCAGGAGACGUUUCUGGAAGUGAUUGCCAAUGCCUCCAGCUAUAUGUAUGAAACUUCGUACAGGAGAGGAUGGGGGUUCCAGUACCUCCACAACCAUCAGCCCACCAACUGCAUGGCCUUACUCACUGGGAGCCUCGUUCUGAUGAACCAAGGGUACCUUCAGGAGGCCUACUUGUGGACCAAGCAAGUUCUGACCAUCAUGGAGAAGUCUCUGGUCUUGCUGCGAGAGGUGACGGACGGCUCCCUCUACGAAGGGGUUGCUUAUGGCAGCUACACCACCAGAUCGCUGUUCCAGUACAUGUUCCUCGUCCAGAGGCACUUUGACAUCAACCACUUUGGCCAUCCGUGGCUGAAGCAACACUUCGCCUUUAUGUAUAGGACCAUCUUGCCAGGGUUUCAAAGAACUGUGGCCAUUGCAGACUCAAACUACAACUGGUUUUAUGGUCCAGAAAGCCAAUUAGUGUUCCUGGAUAAAUUCGUCAUGCGUAACGGCAGUGGAAACUGGCUGGCUGACCAAAUCAGAAAGAACCGUGUGGUAGAAGGUCCAGGAACACCAUCCAAAGGGCAGCGCUGGUGCACGCUACACACAGAAUUUCUCUGGUACGAUGCCAGCUUGAAAUCAGUUCCACCUCCGGAUUUUGGCACCCCAACAUUGCAUUAUUUUGAAGACUGGGGUGUUGUGACUUACGGAAGUGCACUACCUGCAGAAAUUAAUAGAUCUUUCCUCUCCUUCAAGUCAGGAAAACUUGGGGGGCGUGCAAUAUAUGACAUUGUCCACCGAAACAAAUAUAAAGAUUGGAUCAAAGGGUGGAGAAAUUUUAAUGCGGGACAUGAACAUCCUGACCAAAACUCUUUCACGUUCGCCCCCAAUGGGGUGCCUUUCAUUACCGAGGCCCUCUAUGGGCCAAAGUACACCUUCUUCAACAAUGUUCUGAUGUUUUCUCCAGCUGUGUCCAAGAGCUGCUUUUCUCCCUGGGAGGGUCAGGUCACAGAGGACUGUUCAUCAAAAUGGUCAAAAUACAAGCAUGACCUGGCAGCCAGCUGUCAGGGGAGAGUAGUCGCAGCAGAGGAGAAAAAUGGGGUUGUUUUCAUCCGGGGAGAAGGCGUAGGAGCUUACAACCCCCUGCUCAACCUGAAGAACAUUCAACGGAAUCUGAUCCUCCUACAUCCACAGCUUCUCCUCCUUGUCGACCAGAUACACCUGGGAGAGGAGAGCCCUCUGGAGACAGCAGCAAGUUUCUUCCACAAUGUGGAUGUGCCUUUUGAGGAGACAGUAGUCGAUGGGGUCCAUGGAGCUUUUAUCCGGCAGCGGGAUGGUCUCUAUAAAAUGUACUGGAUGGAUGAUACUGGUUAUAGUGAAAAAGCAACCUUUGCCUCGGUGACAUAUCCUCGGGGCUAUCCCUACAAUGGGACAAAUUAUGUGAAUGUCACCAUGCACCUGCGAAGUCCCAUCACCAGGGCAGCUUACCUCUUCAUAGGGCCGUCUGUGGAUGUCCAGAGCUUCAGUAUCCAUGGAGACGCUCAGCGGCUAGAUGUUUUUGUAGCUACCAAUGAACAUGCCUACGCAACUUACCUGUGGACAGGUGAGAACACCGGGCAGUCUGCCUUUGCCCAGGUCAUUGCAGACCAUCAGAAAAUUCUGUUUGACCGGAGUUCGGCCAUCAAGAGCACCACUGUCCCCGAAGUGAAAGAUUACGCUGCUGUCGUGGAACACAGUCUGCAGCAUUUUAAGCCAGUGUUCCAGCUGCUCGAGAAGCAGAUCCUGUCGCGAGUCCAGAACACAGCUAGCUUUAGGAAGACCGCCGAGCGCCUGCUGAGGUUCUCAGAUAAGAGACAGACGGAGGAGGCCAUUGAUAGGAUUUUUGCCAUAUCCCAACAACAGCGGCAGCAGCAAGGCAAGUCGAAGAAAAGCCGAAGGGCGGGCAAGCGGUACAAGUUUGUGGAUGCCGUCCCUGAUAUUUUUGCACAGAUUGAAGUCAACGAGAAGAAGGUUCGGCAGAAGGCUCAGAUUUUGGCACAGAAAGAACUGCCCAUAGAUGAAGAUGAGGAAAUGAAAGACCUUUUGGAUUUUGCCGAUGUCACUUAUGAAAAACAUAAAAGUGGGGGUUCCGUGAACGGUGGCUUUGGACACAUACGGAUGGUGACCAGUCACAACAGAGCCCCGUCGCUGUCGGCCUCGUACACCAGACUCUUCCUGAUUCUGAACAUUGCCAUCUUCUUUGUCAUGUUGGCGAUGCAACUGACUUAUUUCCAGAGGGCUCAGCGCCUCCAUGGCCAGAGGUGUCUUUAUGCAGUCCUCCUAAUAGAUAGCUGUGUCUUAUUGUGGUUGUAUUCCUCCUGUUCUCAAUCGCAAUGCUAACCCCGAAGCCAUGAGCAUUUUGUGAUCGUGAGAGUUCAUGCAAGAAAAAAUUUUUCCCCACUUUGUUAUAAUCCCCCCCCCCAGAUUUAUUUGGACAAAUUUAAGGGAAGAUGUCACACAAAAAAAGCAGAAUUUUGCAUUGGACCCACAAAGGAUGUAUCUAAGAUGAAAGAAUAGCCUUGGCUGUCCCCUAGUAUUUCUGGGAGUGUUGGGCUUUGCUGAAUGACCAGUUCCUAUGAUCAGAGACAAAAACACCUGUUCUUUAUGUCAUAUUUCUCUUAAAUAUAAACAAUAAUUUAUACAGAAUUGGGUUUUACUAUCAUUAAUUUAAUGCUGUUAGAAGCUUCCAGAAACUGUAUUAUGGAACAUACUGAGACACAUAAUUCCAAGCAAUACAGGUUUUUAAAAUAUGAAUGAUGGGAACUAUUAAAAUAGGACCUGGAAGCUGUUCAAAUAACAUGAUAAAAUGAUGGCACAAAAUGAUAAAAGAACUGAAAGGUUUUUUUUCAUGGAAAACAUGGACAAAUGAACAUUUCUUUGAUGUUGGUCAGUUCAGGCAUGUGAUUUUUGUGGCUUUAUACUUUCAUUGGCUUUUUGAUAAAUGACAUAACAACAGGUAAUUUCAUAUUAUCUUUCCCUUCUAUGUAAAAUGUUUGUAGAUCCAAUAGCUGAAGUUUUCAAAAUAAACUAUUUUAUAUCCUGAAUCUCAAUACCAAAGAACACGGGGCUAAAGUUUUGGUGCGAUUCUUAAUGUUUGUAUUAGAAAGCUUUCUUUGAGUUUAUUUUGCUAAAUAAACCAAUCAUAAUUAUGAUUU